UAGUUUCAAUGAUACAGAGGAAAGUUGGGGAGGAGAGAAUGGCAGGAAGGGACAGAAGAGAGGAGGCUAUAUUUACAAGAUUAAGGGUGGGACACAGCCAGUUGAACAAGACCUUAAAUGUGACAGGAAAGCAUCCAACCGGAAAGUGUGAUUAUUGCCAGGAAACAAACAGUGGUCCAUGUAUUGAUAGUGUGGACAUUGUUGGAGGGAAAGAGAGAGGAUGAGAUCUAGUAUGAGGGAGAAGGGGAUACAGGAAAUUUGUUUAAAGAGUAUAUGGAGUAGAACGUCAUUAGAUAUAGUGUCAAAUAUUUUAUAUUUUUAAGAGCAACAGGGCUGGCAGGUAGGAUUUAGUUUCUGGUCCCACUCUCCUGUACAAUAGGUGGCGGUAAUGUACCAUAACGUUGGAUGCCAACCACCGAUAAACCCCACCGAAGAAGUCUAGCGCUGCACCCCCAAGGUAGCGUUGCGGUCUGCUAGAUUGAUAAAAUAAAUUGCUUCCUGCGAAACGCAAAGCGUUUGAUGCAUCUGGUGGACAUGAGGCGUAAACACAUGCUUUCUCCAGCCUGGCUAAAGAUGAAAUGGGGAACUUAAAUCUGGAGAGUUUCAUCAGGGAGUUUCCCCAGAACAGAUACAACUGUUCCUCUCAUCAGGGCACAGGAUUGAUCUCAGGAAACUUCUGUUACUCCUCCCCUCUCCCAGAACACCACUACCUGGCCACACCCACCAGCUGGACCUCUGACCGCCCCCCACGACCCAAGAGCCCCUGGGGCUGCCUAGACCCCUACACCUCUGAGGACCAGGACAGGGAGUAUGUAGGCUUUGCUACUCUGCCCAACCAGGUACACAGGAAGUCAGUAAAGAAGGGAUUUGAGUUCACUCUGAUGGUGGUAGGUGAGGACAGGGGAAGAGCUGUCAGGGAGUUGUAGUUUGUUCACUUUCAUGACAAAGUUUCCACUGCUAAAUUAGAAGUAUUUAGCAGGGAUAUGACCAGGGUCUGAGGCUAAGCAGGAUCUCUUUGCGCUCUAUCUCCCUCAUUC